GCCUCCGAUACACAGUAACCCGCCGUCAGCAGGCAUAUACUCAUAGUCAUAGUCAUCGCGAGAAAAGUCAGCUCAGUGGACUUAACGCCGAAGCGUUUGCAAUGGUUUCUUCCAGCUCACGCACAAUCAUCUUUGCUGUGUGUUAACAAGUCGGGUACUCAGACUAAGGAUCUGAUGCAGGAACGAGCCCCGGCCUCACCGGUGACUGUGUGAUGAUUAUACAGGUCCUCCACGAAAUCAUUGUUAUGUCUACCUCAACCGUCAUGGCCGAUGGAGAGAAUAUCCUCAGCACACGAGAGCCCUCCUUUUCCGACCAAGACACACUGUCCAAGAAAAGCUUAUGGAACACCCAGGGAAAUGCAUUAGCUAGUCCGAAGAUGAAGAAUGGUGUGCACAGAACGCCGAAAAAGAAGUCUUCACGUGGGGACAGCGGAAUUGAUGUUACUCCAGAGAUCUUCGUCAGCCCCAGCCAUGAACCUGUCAGUGACAACUCGAAUCAUACGUGGACGCAGUAUGAGAGUGAAACGAGGAGAGAACAAUUUACAGAAAACUCCUCUGAAAACACGAUAAAUAACGAUAUGUCAAACGAAGAUAGCACCAAAUCUACCCACCCUUCGUCCAUCGAUCAAACAAUGUCACUGCCUAACACUUCGCCUUCCCACUCGGAAGCGAAUGUUAGUAAUACUCCGGUGCGUACAAACAGAACGGUUCGACAAUCCACUUCUUUGACUUCAUCUUACACCCAAUCCGUCACAAUCUCAACACAAAACGAUAACCCCAUAAAACAAUCACUCAUAGACACAAACAGCGAAGAGCGCCCGUCCCCUACUAGAUCUCCCGUUCCCGGUUACAGAUGGAGAGAGAUCCCCAAAAGGCUAAAUCUACGACUCUCCCCUAACGACUUGAGGGCAACUCGAUCCCUGACUGGGUCUCCGUGCAUGUCUCCCUUGCGAUCUCUCCAAGCUUCUCGCUCUAUAGAUGAACAUCUUAACACGUCAGGCGGUCUUCUCUCCCCGGCUCUCCGAUUGUCCCAAACGUCUCUCAGAGGUCUCCCGGCGACGCUGGAUCAGAACCAGUACCAACACUGUAUCGUGUGUCGGACGUGCUCCACACAGGCCAACCAGAUACGACCUCCCGGUCGCCACUUUGUCUUAAAAUGGAAGCAGAUCAUCUCUUUAAUGCUUCUUCUCUCCAUCUUAGUGGGCGGCGGAGGCUUUUUGUUUGUGGAGCUGGAAAAAAACGAGGAGCAUGAGAGGCAGCAAACUCUGCAUCUUUUCUUCACCGAGUUCAAACGUAAGUACAUGUUGAUUGGAAGUUUCUUAAAAAACCCAAAACACUGUCAGACACCAAACCCGAUCCCCCAAAAAGUACAGUCUUUAAAUUUUUUGUCUGUUUAGUUCGUUUUUCAUUAUAUGUUUACAUUUU